GCUUGGUGUAGCCAAGCUGGAAAAUGGAAGGCCAGAGAGGGUUAGUGUCUCCUGGAUUAGUAGUGUGGUAUAUGGCCCUAGAAUUAAGGAGUCCCAGAGUUUUACCCGGAUCCUUUGAUACUAGAAGAUAAAUCUGGAUUCUUCGUAGCUGUGUAGCCUUUGACAAUUUAUUCGACUUUUCUGAGCCCUGUUUCCUCUCUACAAUGGGGAUAAUCCCAGUACGUACCUCAUGGAUUUAGAACUAAAUGAGAACAUUAAAAUGAGAAUACAAAGUAAAAGGUUUAGCGCGUUGCUUGGCACAAAGGGCGCAAUAAAUACUCCCUAAAUUCUCCCAGCUCAUUCAACACAGAACUCAGUCUGAAGCCCCUUAUUCCUUGCCUAAUGUGCUUCCCAUCAGGUCACAUGAAACGUUCCAUGGAACGGGCAGCACAAGAUGCCAACCCGACUACACUGGCAUGACCCAAGCGGAAAUAGCGGCAGCCGCAGAUGCCCCAAUUCCGCUGCCAGAAACUGCGCCUGCGCGCGCGUCCUUCCUCGCCAGGCGACGCGACGUGAGGCGCCUGCGCAUUGGGCCUAGAGCGUCCUCCAGGACUUACCCAGCAGGCAACGCAGCAGUCUCGGGUCAAAAUGGCGAGCAGGCCGGCCGGCCGGGCUCACCUGAAGGGUUGAAGGUGGAUCUACCGUCGGUGAAGGUGCCCGCGGUGGCUCCGAUAGCCUUGCCAUUCCAACUGCCCGUACGCGGCAGGCCUUCCCUCGGCCUUGAAGUGUUCAGGGGGCACAAAGAGAUAAUUAGUGCAUGACUUUCAACUAAAACCUAGUGCUUGCCGUGAGUCAAGCCCUGUCGUCUGCGAUCACUUCUCCUGCCAGUGUGACGACGGAGAUAAUGGUUUGCCUCUUAACGCUGGUCUGGUAGCCGAGGGAAAAUGACGGGAGGAAAUAGGUCUGCAAACUUCCUUUCACCCCUCGCGCUUCUCGAACGGCAUUCGGGACAGCUGAACCAGGGUUCCUGCGAAGCUUCAGAUUAAUGUAGGCUUAUCUGGAACGUCAGCUCCGUCUGCAGAUUUGGAGAAGUUUGUAUUUACUGUAGGCACUAAAACAUACGUACUAUCCAAUAGAAUAUACAGAUUACCGGAAUAUUUAAAACAGAGCGUGAACACCAAGGAUUUUCCCUCCCCCGCACCUUUUUUCAGGUCUCUGCCCUCUGGAGGUAUAAAUCGGAGUAACCUUUAAAUGCUCUUGGUCCCUUUCUCCUCGCUCUCAGCAAUGAUGAAGCUAUUGGGAAAGAGCAGAUUGCCGGAAAAAUCCAUUACUCUAAAUGACACUGAACUUUUUGGGGGGUGGGGGGACAUUGAAGAAUUCAUUGUUUCAUUAACUUGACAAAUAUAGAAGUCACUGUGCUCUGUCCUGUGUUUGAGAACUAGAUAGACCUGGUCUCCAUCCUAUCUAUCACUGGAAGGCUCUGAUCUUGGAUAGGAUAAGUUCCCUAAACAUUACUCUUCUGGUAGGACAGGAGUGUUGUAAAUAAACCCAGCUAAUGUGGAUAAAGCAGAUAAGAUAGUGUCUAGUACACAAGUGUUAAAUGAAUAUUAAUCAUCACCAUCAAUGACAAAUAGAUAUACAGAUCAUUUGUUUUCUACAAAUACGGUUGUAGAUUGUUGACUCUUUGGUACUUGUUUUUCUAGAAGCAGUCUUUUACAUGGUGCUUCAUUUUUUUUUUUUAAGAUUUUAUUUAUUUUAUUUGACAGAGAUC